AUGACCUCGGCUUCCACGAAGGUGGGCGAGAGUUUCUCGGCUGCAGGUGCUGCAUUCACUAAACUGGGCGAACUGACCAUGCAGCUGCAUCCAGUGGCAGACUCUUCUCCAGCAGGUGCCAAAUGGACCGACACAGAGAUCGAGAUGCUGAGUUCUGCAGUUCGGCGCUUUGGUGAUGAUUUGAACAGCAUCAGCUCAGUCAUAAAGGAGCGUACUGUUGCCCAAAUUAAGACAACAGUGAAAAGGAAGCUGUAUGAGGACAGCAGGGUCCCACUCACUUCAGAGUCCCCUAAAAAAACAAUGAAGAAAACCUCUGUAACGCUACCACCUCCUCCAGCAUCAGUGGCCCCCACGGUUAUCACUGUGCCAACCUCUCAGGUUGUCGUGACAACAGGAUUGCAGAGUGCUCCAUCUUUACCACCGGCAAUUAAGAACCCUAAACCAGCAGAUUUGACUCUGAGUGCUCUUAAUGACUCUGAUGUGAACAGCGAUUUGAUGGAUAUUGAAGGGCUUGGAGAAGGCUCCACAAAGAAACCAAACUUUGACCAGGAGAGCUUGAAUCUGGACUCCAGUCUGAUAAUGAACUCCAGUGAUCUGCCCCUCCUGACACGCUGACCAACAGCUGUCAGUCACG